GCACUUCUCACACCCCGGCGGUCAUGCUCUAGAGCUGUGUCCCACAGUCCUUCCCUCUCUUUGCCCCCGGAUACUCCAUCGGUUCGCAUCUUUCUCGUCGUUGACUCUCAACUCUCUUCCAACACUAUGGCAAACUUUCUGACAACGGAGAGCAAGGCCGAGUUGUCGCGCGUCGCCAACGCCAUCGUCGCACCUGGAAAGGGAAUCCUGGCUGCUGACGAGUCUACAGGAACGAUGGGGAAGAGGUUCGCGAACAUCGGAGCAGAGAACAACGAGGAGAACCGCCGGCAGUACCGCCAGCUGUUGUUCACUUGCCCUGAGGUGAUGAACGACAGCAUCUCGGGAGUGAUCCUGUUCCACGAGACGGUGCCGGCGUGCGCUGUCGGAACGGGGAUGGGGGUCACCUUCGCUGACUACAUCAAGAAGCGUGGCAUCAUCCCCGGCAUCAAGGUCGACAAGGGCGUCGUGCCGCUGCUGGGAACCGACGGGGAGGGAACCACGCAAGGUCUGGACGGACUCGCGGAGAGGUGCGCUCAGUACAAGAAAGACGGCGUGCAGUUUGCGAAGUGGCGCUGCGUGCUGAAGAUCGGUCCUGGCUGUCCGUCCGCACUCUCCAUCAUGGAGAACGCCAACGUGCUUGCCAGGUAUGCAGCGUGCGAUUUAUGCGUCGGUGUGUUUCAGGCGAGCGGACUGGCGUCGCUGGGCAAGUACUCUGGAGGAACGGCCGGCGCCGCGGGGCAACAGUCGCUGUUCGUUCCCAAGCACUCCUACUAGACUCCACGUGAACGCCGCCCCGCAACAUUCAUCGUUUGCACAUUCCAUUAGUCGGCGAGACGGCGGCGCGGCCGCAGCGUCGACCCGAGCCGGGCUUCCGUCACGCGGGGUCGUCGCCGUCAGCCAAGUUUCAGAUUUUGGCAAAAAACUCCGACCUUCAUUCCUCCUUCACAGUUUGCAAGCGUGUUGCCACGGACGCGGAGACAUCCGGUUUUUGUCGACGCGUGCUAGCUCACCCAUUCUUCGACGUUCGAACUUCAAAUUCGGUUCUACACGCCCGUGUUUGAUUAUAUAUUUUUGUAGCGUACUUUUGAGAUAGUCGUAGUUAACUGCCCAGUGCGUGAGUUUACAGUGGGCAACACAUAUCGAAGUAACUGCAGUGUGACUGCUAGUGGACAAAGAUUAUGCUCAAUACAUUACAAUUGGAAUCCAGUGAUACAUCUAGUUUUUUUAACCCGGUAUGCGCGUCUGUACAUGUUAACAUGUAGUGUGAAAUGGCAACACAUUUAGUAGUGCCUAUGUCAGUAUUGCGUGAAGAUCCUUCUGGAUGCAAGUAGCAUCUAAAUACCGCUAGCUUAGUCUUUGGAAUGUAAUAAUGCGUGUAUGAUGCGUGACGAGGGCAAACAGAAAUAUUAUUUUCAUUUUAUUCCUGAUAUUAAAUAAUACAUAUCCACUGAGUUUAAUAAAUAGCCCAUUAGUUUUAAUCAUAAUGAUUUAGAUUUAUUUGUAGGAUCUACUUCAUAUUUUUUGGGAUCUGAUUAGAUCCAAGAAAUGCUCAUACAUUGAAAGACUAAUAGAUCGGGCUGGGAUGUGACCAACUACUAUUUUUUUCCAAAUGUGGGAUCAAGAAGAAAUAUGGAUUUGUCGUAUUUUUAUUAUAACAUACCACUGGAUUGAAAAUAUGUCUAUAGUGUACUGUUCUUCUUCUUGCAUAGGUAAUUUUUUAUACCGCCCCCUGUGAUAGAACAUGUACACCGGUUAUGUUCAAUGACUAUAAUUUGAUUAUGCAGGAAUGUAUGGAAAUAACUCGUGUAACUGGAA